AUGCCAUCCUCGGUCCGAGCGUACUGGCCGAGCAUUGCGCUGCACGACAUGGACUUGUCACCCGACGUGCUGGCGCGGCUUGCGGCGACGCUACCGCUGCAUCCACGUAUUAGCCUCGGGUGCCAUGUCCGCGACGCAGCGCCGCUGGCCUCGCUCGUCGCGGUCGUCGGAUCUGCGCUAAGCUGCGUCACUCUCGAACUCAGCAGCAAGGGUGUGGCGCACGGCCGAGGCAAAGCGAUGAGCGACCUUCUCUUGCAGCGCUGCCCGCGUCUACGCGAUGUGACCAUCAAGGUCGAGCCCCGCCGCCGGGCGAACGACCUGGUCGAGCUCAACGAUGCGCUCGGUAUCGUCGCCCACCCGCAUGUCGAAGUAUUCAAGAUCAACCUUUUGCACGCGGCCGCCACUCCGCGCCUUGGUCAUCUCUUGGCUGCUUGGCUCUCGACGGCGCCGAGCCGAUUUCUCCAAGUGGCCAACGUCGCCGACAUGGACCACGAUGGCCUUGUUGUCUUUAACGUCCCCAGCCUUGGUGGCUUCCACGGUCGUACGCUCCCCGUGUCGUUGAUCACCUUGGAGUGGAAGAGCCACGUCAACGACGACCAAGCGCUGACGGACCUCGCAACCGCCGUCGGCCGCACGGAGCUCAAGCACCUUGCGUGCAACGUCUUUGGUCAGCUGGCAACACACCCAGCCGCAGCGCCAAUGCUGUCGCAACUGCAACGGCUCAUCGUCUCUGGGUUGAACGCGUAUCAUACCAAAGUUUUGGUUGUGGGCUUAUCGGCGGUCCCAGCGCUAAAGUCUCUGACGCUUUGUAAUUGCAACCUCGCGUCGUCGAUGGAGCUGCUGAUGGAGACGCUCGCAACGACGUGCGUGCAUCUCGUCAAGCUCCAAGUCCGCGAUCCGCGCCCGACGCGCGAUGGGGCCACUGCUGUGUUCACGGGUGUCUUGCGAUCGCCCCACUUGACGUCACUGAGCAUGUCGAUGCGCCUCUCGGACCCGCCGGCCGCCAACUCGACGUUCUUAACUUGGGAGUGA